ACCAUAUUAAUAUCUUUUUGUUGUAACAAAAUGAUAGAAAUGACAGAACCUAUAAUUUUUUUGUCUGACUUUCAUUCUAAACACAGUAAUCUUGUCCAUACUGUAUUAUUGCUUUGUCUUCUGGGUAAAUUUCACCUUCAUAAAGCCAGAAAUAUUCAUUGUAAACCUAACUUUAGAUUGUUUUCAUCUGAUUUAAAGUCUUUUUUUGCCUCUUUUAACAAUGUGUCCAAACCAUUGAACUCAAAGGCUUCUAAAACUUUUAAAAUCCUUGAGUCAGUUGUACAACAUCUUUGAGUUUUUCUUUUUUUUUAUGUCCGUAUGCCCCGUGUUACAUCUUCAUUAUUGUAAUAUUUGAAUUUGCAAUAAAAAAUAAAAAAAUAAAAUGUAGUCACGUGGUACAGUAAGUGACGUCAUUUCGAACGCGUUGGAUUUGCCUCGACAGAAGCUGAGCGCGUCUGCUGUGAGAGUGGCGGUGUUGAGCUGUCAGUCAAACCGAAAGUAAAAAAGCCUAUAUAAACCAACACACAAUCACAGCUUCAUCACUGAAACAACCAGAGCCUCAAACCUCCGGACCUAAACACAGCAAACAGAGCUUUCAUCCGCACUUUUUUAAAAAAAAUAAAUAAAUAAAAUGGGCUUGUUUUUCUCUAGUCUUUUCCCUCGUCUCUUCGAUAAAAAAGAGAUGAGGUUGCUCAUGGUUGGUCUGGAUGCAGCAGGGAAAACAACAGUCCUCUACAAACUCAAACUUGGUGAAGUUGUCACAACUAUCCCAACUCUAGGUUUUAACGUGGAGACAGUUGAAUAUAAAAACAUCUCAUUCACCGUUUGGGAUGUCGGCGGUCAGGACGUUAUCAGACGCCUCUGGAGACAUUACUAUCAAAACACUAAGGGUUUGAUCUUUGUGGUGGACAGCAGUGAUCAUGACCGGAUUGAAACGGCAGCGGAGGAGCUAAACGCGAUGCUGGCGGAGGACGAGAUGAGAGAUGUGGUUCUGUUAGUUUUCGCAAACAAGCAGGAUUUACCCAAAGCCAUGCCGGUCCAUCAGCUGACAGAAAGACUGGGUUUGCACAAACUGAGAGGAAGACAGUGGUUUGUUCAGCCCACAUGUGCGGUUCAAGGAUCAGGUUUAUAUGAAGGACUGGAUUGGCUCUCGAAUCAACUGUCCAAACGAUAAAACACUUAAAAGGUCAAACUACUUGAAGAAAAGGCACUAAAUCAGAGCUGAAUGUAUAUAUUACGUCUCCAACUUUAAAUAUUUAUGAAAUAUUCUUAAUUCUAGCUCAGUACUUCCUAUGUAGUUAAUUUUACUACUGUAAAGAUGUAUUUUUGGUCUGUU